CCUGCGUGUCUGCAACUCAUCUCGCAAACCCUGGGGCUUGUUCUGUCACCAUUAUGCCUUCCAGAGAGUCCGUCCCGACCGAAUCCACAGCAUAUGCUGUAGAUCCCAAACGGUUUGCUUUCACUCCCCGGAAACUCAGAGUCGUCUGCAUCGGAGCGGGCUUCUCGGGACUGAUCCUUGCGCACAAGCUCAAGCAUGAGCAGCCCCUUGACUUUGUUGACUUCACCCUCUAUGAAAAGAACCCCGAGGUAGGGGGUACUUGGUUUGAGAACAUCUACCCUGGCGUGGGCUGCGACGUGCCUGCUCACAGUUACGUAUUUCCCUAUGAGCCCAAUCCGUCCUGGUCACAAAGCUAUGCCAAGGGUCCGGAAAUCGAGGCAUACAUCCGAUCGACAACGGAGAAGUACGGGCUGAAAGAGAGGAUCGUUUUCAACACCCGACUUGUCAAGUCUGUCUGGAACGAGGAACGUGGAAAAUGGAUUCUUGAGCUCAAGCAGAACGACACAAUGGUGUACGAUGAAGCAGACAUUCUCAUCAAUGCCGGGGGUAUUCUCAAUCGGUGGAAAAUGCCCAAGAUUGAGGGUCUGAACCAGUUCCAGGGCAAGCUAAUUCACACAGCGGGCUGGGAUCCAGCCUACGACUGGUCCGGCAAGAAGAUCGCUGUUAUCGGCAAUGGCUCCUCAGGGAUCCAGAUCGUACCUGCGCUGCAGCCCAAGGCAGCCCGCAUCGUCAACUACAUCCGCCAACCAACAUGGGUGUCGGUCAAUCUGUGCCCAGACACGACUAAAGAUGGAAUGGGUACCAACUUUGUAUAUACCGAAGAAGAAAAGGCCCGGUUUCGGGACGACCCCGAAGGAUUUCUGGAAUACAGGAAGUUUAUCGAACGCUCAGUCAACACCGUUUACAAGCUGAUGCUCAAGGGAUCCGAGUACAAUCAAAUGCUAUACACCGCCACGGAGCAACUAAUGAGACAGCGUCUCAGCAAGAACCCACACCUAAUCAAGAAACUCCUUCCAGAUACUGAUAUCGGAUGCCGUCGUCUCAGCCCCGGAGAUGGUUAUCUAGAAGCCAUGCAGGAGCCCAACGCAGAAUGGUGUUUUGAUCCCAUCGAGCGCAUCACCAAGACAGGCAUCCAGACCACCCAAGGCGAGGAGGAAUUUGACCUCAUUGUCUGCGCCACGGGCUUCGACACCACCUUCAUCCCUGGCUGGGAGAUGGUCGGCCGGAAUGGUCGUCAGCUCGCCCACGACUGGAAGACCACCCCAGAGGCGUAUUUCUCCAUCUGCUGUCCGGGCAAUCCCAACUACUUCAUGUUCGCUGGGCCUAACUGCCCUAUUGGCCAUGGCAGCGUUCCUCAAAUGUUAGGCUGGACUGCUGAUUACAUUCUGCAGUGGGUGAAGAAGAUCGCCCGGGAAGAUAUUCAUUCUGUUGUCGUAACCGACACUGCAAACCAGCUAUACAACCGUCAUGUCCAGGCAAACCUGAAACAUACCGUCUGGAGCUCAGGCUGCACUGCCUGGUACAACAAUGGCUCUGCCGUGACGGCUAUGUAUCCUGGCAGUGUUCUUCACUACAAAGAGGCUAUCUCUACCGUCCGCGGCGAGGACUUUGAUAUCCGCUACUCAAAUACCGCCAACCCCUUUGCGUAUCUUUCGAAUGGUGAGCUGGAGUGGGAGAGAGCAGAUGGGGCGGAUUUGGCAUUUUAUUUGAGAUAGGCUGGUCUUGGAUGGGCUUAUUAGUAAUGUCAUGUGUAUGAUAAAUAAUGACACUGGA